AUGUCGGAGAAAAGUGACCAGCAAAUGGUUGAGAGGGAAGCGACGACGACGACGACAGGAUGCGGUUCACAGAUUACCGAUAUGGCGCGACCAAAUAAGUCAGCAAAACUUGCCAAGCAAAAUGGAGUGGACGAGGAUGAGGGGGACGAG